GUGUAAGCCGUGUAAGCGCUGUCUGCAUUCUGUCUGACGGCAUUUAGAGUGUCGUGCAUUUGGUGACUCAUCAUGAACGAAGUUGCUUUAUAAUUCAUUUAAAAACACAUAUUUCAUCAGUGAAGAAUGUAAGCAUUUUGACAAAAGUGACUUUAAUGCUGAGGCAUUUAGUGAAACUUUUUUUCAGUGCUGCGUGUAUAAGAAUUAUUUAAUACGAGUCUAACCUCGAGUUAGCGGGACCAAGUUUAUGAAAAUAAUUCAUAAGGCAAGCUGAUACAAAGGAUAAUUAAAUGUCCUUACACUGCCCAAACUUGGGGUUGGGGUAUGUCCUCUCAACUGCAUGUAUUUUGGUGUUGUUCCUCGUCACAAACUUUUCACUGGCGGAUGAUGGAAUCCUGGACGAGAUGCCUAAAAAGGAAAGGAUUAAGAUGUUGAAGAAAUGGAAAAUAAUUCCCGAAUGUAUUUUCAUUAAACCACGUCACGAGGUUCUGGUAAAGCACGAGGGUGAUAUUCCCAUCAAAUUUGGUACAGAAGUGAAACCUGCAGCAGGCAUGGCAUGGCUCACUCAGAAUAUGCGUUGGAACAACACACCAGAAGACCUAAAAGUUUACUAUUCUGCGAUGCUAGUAGGUCUAGAUGAGCCCUCAGUUCAGACUCCAAACCACCGUGAAUAUUUAUACUGGCUAGUGACAAACAUUCCAGGAAACAGAAUUGUGGAAAGUCAUACUAUUGCUGAAUAUCAACGUCCCAAUCCAAACGCAAAUACAGGUUUGCAUCGGUAUGUGUACAUAGUUUACCGUCAACCAUGUGGGAAGAUGAUCUACAAAGAAAAACACAUUGAUGUGGGAGACAUUGUGCCUAGGUACAAUUUUUCAAACCGGAUAUUUGCAGACAAGUACGGAUAUGCAGGGCCUUAUGCUGUUAAUUUCUUCACCACUAAGUCUCCUUCGCCCCAAUACACAUAGGUUCGAGCUGUCGAAUAACAUUUGCAUCAACAGCAACGCGUUUGAGGUUCGGCGAAAUCUGAAGGAGACCGGCCGCUGAUCUACGUCAAUUUUUUAGAAUCUCUCCGAUGAAAACGAGACAACUUGCAAACAACCCCACACUGAGAAAGAUGAAUGCCGAUUGCAAAUCGUUCAAACUAUAAGCUCGAGGCCCCUUGUUAUCUUUUUCAAUCAGAGAAGCAUAUAGCGGAUCCGCGUCGUAUAAUUCAUCAAGCAAUCGCCCACUGAGUCCUGUUUCAUAUAAUCGAUGUAUCAAUAGAUUAAAUUCAUCACGAAGAAAUGAGAAUUUCAGCAUCGGAAAAAUGAAUGGGAAAUUUGUCAGGCACUCUUUCAUCAGAUGAUACUCCGUUUCGCGUGAUCGCAACGCGCGAGGUAAAAUAACACUCUGCUUCGACACGAGGAAAAAAGGAAUAUGCAGCAGAAAAACAUCCACCUCCGCAAUGAUCAAUUCAUUUUUCCGCACCUCUCUCGAGGCGUACUCAGCGGUUCCAAAGGUCAGAUUUGACGAAUUCCCACCCUCAGUGAGUGAUGAGUUACGUUCUAAAAAGUCCAAAACUAAUACAGCAUCGCUGUACUCCAAACUGUCAGUGAGUCUUGCCCUCAAAUUGUUGGAUAACCUCAGUUGGUCAAACAAAUUAUAGACAGCUCGGAUGUCCCAUGUUUGGAUAAA